AGCAGGCGCUCAUUUCCAGACAUAGAGCUCUUUGUGAAGGCUGGCAGUGAUGGGGAAAGUAUUGGAAAUUGCCCGUUCUCUCAGCGUCUCUUUAUGAUUCUGUGGCUAAAAGGUGUCAUAUUUAAUGUCACAACCGUGGAUUUGAAAAGAAAGCCUGCCGACCUGCAGAACCUCGCCCCAGGAACAAACCCCCCCUUCAUGACAUUUGAUGGUGAAGUGAAAACUGAUGUCAAUAAGAUCGAGGAGUUCUUGGAAGAAAAGCUUGCGCCACCCCGGUAUCCCAAACUUGCACCGAACCACCCCGAGUCUAACUCUGCGGGAAAUGACGUGUUUGCAAAAUUCUCUGCAUUCAUAAAGAACCCAAGAAAAGAUGCUAAUGAAAAUUUGGAAAAAUCUUUGCUUAAAGCCCUGAGGAAGCUGGACAACUAUUUAAAUAGCCCCUUGCCUGAUGAAAUUGAUGCUUACAGCACUGAGGAGAUCACCGUUUCCAGCCGGAAAUUCCUGGAUGGAGAUGAGCUCACCUUAGCGGAUUGCAACCUCCUACCAAAGCUCCAUAUAAUCAAGGUUGUUGCAAAAAAAUACAGAAAUUUUGAUUUUCCACCUGAAAUGACAGGGAUUUCAAGAUACUUGAACAAUGCAUAUGCAAGAGAUGAAUUUACAAACACUUGUCCUGCCGAUCAAGAAAUUGAGUAUGCGUAUUUGGAUGUUGCGAAGAGAAUGAAGUAA